AUGACUCACCAGUGCUAUAACGGUAAGUGGGAAUCGGACGGGAGUGAUCUACAGAGACAGAUGGAGAAUGCUCAGGAGCCAGGAUGCAAGAUCCCUAGAUGUACGUUUACCCUAGAUGAUAUGGACGACAGGGUAUGGAUAAUCAACUACACCGACGAAUGUCUGCCUUGGGAAUUUUAUGAGUGGAUUGAAGGACUUUCACUACCCCAGGAUACUCAAGACGACACGAUUUCCCCUUACAAGUAUGUUUGCCUUGUCAAGCGUGAACUUCCACCGAUGUCCUGGGUCGGCCGAGUUGGGGAAGGUGUUAUCUUCCUUGAUGUUAUUGCUCGAUCGGAAGGCAACGAAUACUACAUCAGCGACCUGACCAAGAUGGCAUAUGAAUCGUUCUUUGCCCUUGACACCCUAAAGUAUGUGUUUGUGAAUAAUAUCGUUAACGCGUACACCACAGAUCUUCUUUCCGACAUCUACUGUGCUAAGGGAAUUGACUAUCGGUCGCCUGAUGAGUAUACGUGGGAGUCUUCUUCUGCAGAGUUCAAAGCUUUGAUUGGCUGUGGGAUCGGUAAGUGCGUUGCCUCGUUCAUUUUGGCUGCUUAUGGUCAAGGUGUUAAGCGUAUUGCACGAAUUACCACCUGGAGGACUGGACAUGAGUUGGAGAUGCUGUUUUAUAUUGAGAAUGUUGCCUAA